GAUGAAUUUGAGCUCUCCACCGUCUGCCACCGCCCCGAGGGGCUGGAGCAGCUCCAAGAGCAGACCAAGUUCACCCGCAAAGAGCUGCAGGUCCUGUACCGAGGCUUCAAGAACGAGUGCCCAAGUGGCAUCGUCAAUGAAGAGAACUUCAAGCAGAUCUACUCACAGUUCUUCCCGCAGGGAGACUCCAGCACGUACGCCACCUUCCUCUUCAACGCCUUCGACACCGACCACGAUGGCUCUGUCAGCUUCGAGGACUUCGUGUCUGGGCUGUCCAUCAUCCUGCGGGGCACCAUUGACGAUCGCCUGAACUGGGCCUUCAACCUCUAUGACCUGAACAAAGACGGCUGCAUCACCAAAGAGGAAAUGCUGGACAUCAUGAAGUCCAUCUACGACAUGAUGGGCAAAUACACCUACCCGGCCAUGCGGGACGAAGCACCCCGGGAGCAUGUGGAGAACUUCUUCCAGAAAAUGGACCGAAACAAGGACGGCGUCGUGACAAUCGAAGAGUUCCUGGAGUCCUGCCAGAAGGACGAGAACAUCAUGCGGUCCAUGCAGCUCUUUGACAACGUGAUUUAG